GAAGACAAUAUUCGAAAUUUUAACGAAACAGUUAAAAUUUGUAGUUCAUUGAGGAAAAUCUUUAAAAAGUCAUGAAUUACGAGAUGAGAUUGGUUUUCGCGGCCUCUACCAAAACUAAGUCAAAAGAUGUACUGUUAUUUCAGAAAAUCUUAACGAAAUACAUGUUUAUUAUUUCAUCUUCUGUUAUAACAGAAUUAAUUCCGAAAAUGAUUCAACUGUGCAUCGUUCCUGUUCUUUUUUAUUCUAGUAAUACAUUUUCCAUGUCAAAUUACGUAGUGUUAUUGACUACCUGUUUCAAGUACGUUGCUGGAUCGUUCAAAUCAGUUCACGCAAAUUCAAAUUUGUUAAACUUUUUUGCGGUAUAUUGAUGUAGUUUGCACGGAAUUGAGAAAAAUGAGUGAAAAUAAUAUAUCUAUGUCUUCAAUGGAUGGCGUUGAGACGCAUUCAGUCGCUGAGGUCAAAAAGCGCAGAUCUUCCAUAUAUAAAAGAAGAUCCAUUACUCAUACAAUCAAAGAUACCAAUGCAGUGACUUCUGUGGAUCAUGAUGAAAAAUCAGAGGAUUGUGAGAGAAUUGAUAAUAUCGCUAAGAGAAAAGAAGACGAAUCGGUUGAAUUGAAGAAAUACAUUGAUAAACUACGAUGUGAAAGAAAAAAUUGGCAGGAGACAUUGAGCGAGCGCAGACGUCAGAGACGCACCCUUCUUAAAAAGAAGGCACAAUUAGAGCACAGUAAACGAUUUGUUGAUCUUAGUAAAUUAUCAGAUUCAGAGAGGACGUGGAUUUCCCAUCGUCCAAAUUAUGAACAGAUUUGUAGAAACAGUAAGAAACUGGUAAUUAUGGCAGUUAGAGUGUCGAUAUUAAAUCAAUAUAUCACUAAGUUAAUUCAUAGGUUUUUGUUAAACAUGAAUCAGAAGAUUGACAAUGCCACAAAAAGAAUAAUAGAGCUUGUCGACUGAACUGCGUAAAAUGUAGAAAUUUGUAAUAUAUUUUUAUACUAGGGAAUAUGCAUGAUCAUCGAUUACUUAAUUCUAGAUAAGUAAUGCAAUAUUGAAAAAUAAAUGUUAAUAAUUAUUGAA